AUGCUAAAACAAAUGGCAGAGACAUCAAUGAGCUAUGAAGUUGGAGACAGGCUUAAAAUAGGUGGUUACUGUUGUACAGUCAAAUUUAUCGGUGCCAUUAAGUCAUGGCCUUCAGUCAAAGCUUACGGUGUGGAGUGGGACGAUCCUAACCGUGGGAGAAAUUCUGGUACAGUAGAUGGUAUACACUAUUUUGAUGUUAACUAUCCCAAUUCAGGAUCAUUUCUGAAGGAAUCGAAGAUUAAGACUCUAGGCGUACGAAGAAUCAACUUCUUCGAAGCGUUGUUGGAAAAGUACGGAUCAUCAAGUAGUGACAUUCGAAGUUUAUCCAUUGGUAGUAAGAAAAUUGAGAGUUUGGGAUUCGAGAAGUUGGAUGCAAAGAAUAAAAAUCUAAAGAAGUUGAGAAAAAUAACGUUGCGAGACUCAGAUAUUGCAACACUCUUUCAAAAUCAGAAUGAAUUAGAUAUUAUAGUACGAGAGUGCACGAGCGUCAACGAUUUAGAUCUGUCGCUAAAUUUGUUUACCAAUGUAGGUUCUUUAUGCAAGUUUUUGGAGCCCUUAAAAAGCUUGCGGACCCUUGACAUAUCUCAAAACAAACUUUUAAGUGGUUGGGGUGAUUUGGGGAGAUAUGAUCUAUCGCAUAUUACAAAAUUACGUUUGUCGUCCUGUGAUUUAAGUUGGGAGCAGAUAGGUAAACUACUCAAAAAUUUUAAUGUGUUGAAAAUGUUGGAUUUGAGCUGUAACAAGCUAACCUACGUGGGAAUCCAAAAUUUGAUGACUGUAGUAACACCCGCUCUGGAAGAGUUAAAUAUAACCGGAAAUAAUCUCGAAUCGUUCCCAGAGCAUUUAGCACAUAUGGCUUUAAAAGAUUUAAAUAUUUCCAAUAACAACAUCUCUAAGGCAUUACCUAUUGUUGUUCAAUCCAUUGAAACCUUAGAUUUAUCCGAGAACCAUUUUAAAGUGCGAAGUAGAAUAGAUGAUCUGAAUAUCGCAUUUCCUUCAUUAAAAAAUAUUCGUUUGAAUGGUAAUGACUUGAAGUCUGACGAAAGCAGCGCUGACAUCGAAGACCAGGCAACUUUCUAUGAGGUAUUGGCAAGAUUUGACCAUGUCAUGGUGCUAAAUGGAUCAAUAUGUGACAGAAAAACAAGAAGAGAAGCCGAGAUGUAUUUCAUCUCCAAGGUUUUAAACAGUGAAUUGGACUAUGAUAUUAGUCUGCCACGUUGGAAAAGACUAAUUGAGUCGUAUGGCAUUGGCACAAAUACUUUAAGCUUGAAUAAAAUUAAGGAGAGACGGAAAUCUCUUGUGUUGAAAAUAAAAGUUACGUCAGUUGAGGGAUCAGAUAGCGAUUUAGAACUUUCAAUUCUUCCCAGCUUCACAGUAAGGUAUGUGAAGAGCAUAAUCUGCCGGAAACUGAAACUAGAUAUAUUAAGGGUCAACCUGACUCAUGAAAACUGUAAAGGGAUGCUAAACGAAAUUACCCAUAACUUUUGUCCAGUUUCAGAUUUUAGUGUAGUAGAAGGAGAUAUUAUUCAUGUUCACGUUGCCAGUAAAUGCCAAGAAUCAAAAAAACAUUAA